CGGGGCAACGGACCUUUGGUAUGAGUGCCCCGCGGAGAUCCUAGGCGGCCGUCGCGGAUGGACGCCAUGGGAGGAGGUUGGAAGGACUAGCUGGGCGGCGGCCGGGCUUGGGAGAGGAGUUGCAGGGAAUCGGGGCUCGUCCGGGGCUGAGCUGGGAAGGCUGCCCCCACCUCCCGCCCCGCGCCUCAUGCCUCAGUUUCCCUGUCUGGGCCCACUCGGGCGCGUGAUCCGGUGUGAGUCGUUUCCGAUUUGGGGAAAGACCCCGGAGAAAGACUCCGAGGCACGGAAAAUUUCAGAAGAACUAAAUGCUAGAAAACCUGGCCUGGUGAUAGGGCCUCCCCUCUGACCCACAGAAAGUUCUGGACUGAGUCGUCUCCUGGGCCUCAGCUACAAAAAUAUUAACGAAGAUAGCUGUUGACGUUUCAGAGCAGUAUGGAGACGAGAAUGGCUUCAACAAGGAAAACCAGCCAUCCCAUGCGUGAUAUCUUGGGCGAUUUCAGUGAUAUUUCCUUAGAAGAUUCCAAGGUGGAAGAAAUCAGAAACUUGAACAUCAGUAAGAAUCUCACCAAAAGAGCUACCAGUCAUAGCAGAUUUCUAAAAAGAAGCCAGACUCUGGGUGAAAAACACUUAUUCCCGAAAGAGGAUGCUGGCCUGGGGGGUGGGCCCUGGCUGUCCUCAGGUAGACCCCUGACCACGGCCUCGAAGCUCAGGACCAGUGCCGCACUCAGGAAGCUGGCCCAGAUUGAAUCCAAGAUCAUGAACCGGAAGGUGCAGCUGGACUUGUCUGACAUGGAAUCCAACCCAAAGACCUCCAAGGACAGUCUUCCCAGGAGAGCAGACGAAAUUCCUCCAAGGAAUACGGUUGAACUUUCUUCACAGGAAACAGUCAAAACCUCCCAGAAGCAGGCCUGUGCAAAUCCUGUCACUGAGAGUGACACGCUGAGAGGAAAGACCAGUAGGUUUCUAAAGAAGAGAGAGCCAUCCAUUGAAAAGGUAUCCCCUAAAGCCCAUUUUGGGAAAGAGCGGAAUUUUCCAACACCCAAAGAAAAAGAACCUACUAGAAAAUUGGAUUCUCCAGACAGUGAUGAAGAGGAAAUGAAAGAGUUGCUGGGAAGCUUGAUGGAAUCUUCUAGAGAAAAAGAAAUACGCACAAAGCAGGGUUUAACCAGAGUCAAUGAGAAUGAACAAAUUGAACUAUUCUUGGCUCAGAUUCCAACUCAACUGAAACUCCUUUCGCUACCCAGUGAGGAACUUUCCAGCCCAGAGCCACUUGGGACACCACAUCUGCCAACCUCCCGGUCAGCAGACAGGACCCUUCACGGCCUGCGCUCAAGAGCUCGCUCCCCACCGACUCACAUUCCAGGGGACAAAGGCUCUCCUGCGGUGUCACCUUCCAUUACCAGCACUGUGUCGAAGUCAGUGCCCUCGAUGAUGACGCAUGGCGGGCUCUUGUCCCCUGCUGGAAGGAGGGAGGCUGGGCCUGGGGAGGAGUUGCUGUCAGAAGCCUCCGACAGCCUAGCCGAUUUUCGAAUAAAUAUUUUAUCCCUUGAUGAUCUGGUCCCAGCUGUCAGUGAGAAAUCAGAACAGAAAAAAGGAGGUCAGAGGGAAGAGGCAUCCAGCCAAAGCCCCUGGGCCAGGGGCCCCCCAACGGAAAGUGAGGUGUCAGAGCACCUGAGUGAGCCGUCAGCCUCCUCUGCGGGGCCCAAGCGCAGUGCCAGCCCGCGGCCUAUGUCUGAGGAACCUCUAGCCAGCACAGUGAGCUUGGCUUACUCAGAAGAUUUCGACACAUCCCCAAGUCUGACAGCGUCAGAGCCGAUCACCCAUUCUGAGGAGUCUCCAGACAGGACAGUAUCCACUUCUUGGGAACGCUCUGCAAGCCUGAGGACAGAGCAUCCCCCACCAACACGUACCUCUCGGAAAAAACGGGCCAGGGCUGUGACAAGAGUCGUGGUGAAGGAGACGGCCGUGCAGACCCUCGAUCCCGCCUUUACCUACCAGUGGACAAAGGCGGCCGGCGUGGCGGCCAUCGGGCCGGCCUUGGGAGGCGCCUACGUGGACCCUGAGCCCAUCGCCAGUCACGUCAUCAGCGCGGACGCCAUGGAAGCCCUGACAGCUUACAGCCCCGCCGUGCUGGUACUCAAUGACAUGCUGAAGCAGCAGCUGAGCCUGACGCAGCAGUUCAUCGAGGUUGGCCGGCACCUGCACAGGUCCCUCCUGCAGUCCCUGGAUGGAGACUCCUACCACUACCACACCCUGGAGGAAACCAAGGAGUACAUCAGGCAGCACAGGCCCGCCCCGCUGACCCUGCAGGAGGCUCUGGAAGAGGUGAAGGAGGAGCUGUGAGCGCCAGCCCUCACUUCCUCGGACACACCACAGACCAGUGGAAACGGGAUGCAGGUGGCGCUCCAUUACCACGUCUGGCAGGACAGGAGAUGCCAGCUCGUGUGGGGCCCUGCGGGGUGGCUCCACCCAGCCAAGCGCUGGCUUCCCAGCGAGCCGAGGUAGAUGGGGAUACGAGAAACCCCAUUUACUAAUGAGGACCCAGGGCCAGGGCUCCAUGCUGGGGACUCCUGUGUGACAUCAGGCAGCUGGUGAUCCAACCCAACCACUCAAGCCGCACUCAGACACCCUCCCUACUGCACCCGAGCACAUUUCUGACACCAACGCACGGAAAAAACGGUCUUUAAAAAAAGUCUUUAUUUGAAGGCAAAACAGUAAAAUCCACAAAUUGUUAACAGCACGUUUAUGCUUUAUCCUGAAACAGAUGCGUUUAAACAAUUCACAGCUACAGGAAACCCGGAACAAAAUCAAAUAUUUUAUCACAUCAGGCUGAAAAGUUGGAGAGGAUUUUGCAUCUUAUCUAAAAGAAUUUUUCAAAAAUGUUUCUGUACAAAUAAAUGGCACCGCACCCUGUUGCCCGCGAAUGCCAAGUGCGGCCGAUCCCGGCAUGGUCACCCCGCGGCUCCCUCCAGGACUCACCUCCCCUUGUGGGGGUUGUGGGGGGGACAAGGAACAGGAAGUGACAGAGCAGGACGUAUGGUCGGUGGCUGCUCCCCAUGGUGUGGGUCUAAAGGGGCUGUCGCACGCAAGUGCUGGUGUUGGGGUUCCUCUAAGUGAAAAACACAAGUAGGUGCUAAGGGUCCAGAUCCUGCAGGGACGUCGUGACGUCACGCUGUGACCUGAAGAUGCCUGAGAUCCGUCUCCUUAGUUCCUUUUGUUUCUGCGACAAGAGUAAAUGGCUAACGUUCCAAAAACAAAAAAAAUUCAACUAAAGUAACUGAACUAAGGGACCAGUAUGUCUUGGGGGCAUCGUUUCAAAUUAUCUCACUGGGGCUCAUUUUAGAUCAAUCUUCGUUUUUUUAAAAACUCAAGAAUUUGGAGUAAAAAUGAAAACCCUGUUUAAGUUUGCAAA